UAGGGAGGCAAACAAUUGGCCCCAGUGGUAGUUUCAGUCGCGCAUCCAUGGUGGAUACUCCCCAACAGGAAACAACCACCAGUACGUUUGAAGGCGCCUUUCACUCUGGUUGGCAUGCAUAUCGCUCCCAUGUGUUAAGAGUAAACCCGGUGUGCACUGCCGCUGCUCCUGCCUCUUGUUCCAGACUAAUUUAAGACAGCACUUUCAACUUUGAGUUCAGUGUUGUGUUAGGUGCGCUGUCUACUCUACGGAGCCUGAGUUUAACCGCAGAACUACACCUCCAAAACGGCGUUUUUGGGGUAUUUUAUGUUCAUCCACAGGACUGUAAAACAGGAUUUUACAAUGGAUACAGCCAGCCACUCUAUCGGGGAAAGUAAGCCUGUGUGUGAGUUUGCGCCCAAGUCUUCGGUGCAGCGGUGGCUUCCAGGUUUUCCCAUCGCUCUGUGCCUGCUGCUGUCUAUGAGCUCCAUCACCGUGUGUCUUCUGAUGAGCCUCAAGACCUUCCAGCUGGAGAGCCGAAUGCAGAUGGAGAUGGACAAAGCCUCCAUCUUCCAGCCGCCGCACAGGGCUUGUCUAAACGAGGAUGGGACCCUAACUCCAGAGCUGAGCUCAUCAGUAGGGAAAUUCGUGGAAGAGAAAGUGGUGGUGCUGUUGCCAAAAUUAAGGACAACUAGGGACGUUGGCCAAGAGUGCUCCUGCCCUCCAGGGCCUCCAGGAAAGCGUGGACGGAUGGGAAGAAGAGGGGAAGCCGGCCUGCCUGGCAAGGCUGGACGGGAUGGAUACCCGGGUCCUCUUGGCUUGGAUGGGAAACCAGGUUCUCCAGGUCCUAAGGGAAGCCAGGGACCAGCCGGACCCAAGGGAGAUAAGGGUGACCAAGGAGACGUUGGGCCAAGGUUGGCCUUCCCCAGAUAUGACCAUGGCUUUAUCACUGGAGAUCAGUCCGGUAGCUUUCAGAGACGCUUUCUGAAGGGUGACCAAGGCCAGGCUGGCGCCGCUGGUCCUCCCGGUCCUCCGGGCCCCCCCGGCCCCAGAGGCCCCCCUGGAAACACAGGCAAGGAUGGUCCACGUGGCCCUGCUGGAGAGUCGGGGUUUCCAGGUCUUGAUGGUGUUGAGGGGUCACAAGGAACGCCUGGGAAGACGGGAGAAGAUGGUGAGCCCGGGUAUCCAGGGUCACAGGGUCCUCAAGGAGCGAAGGGCGAGGCAGGCACAGGAGAAAAAGGAGAAAGAGGCAUGGAUGGACUUCAAGGAUUUAGGGGAGACAACGGAGAAAUAGGAGAGCAAGGACCACAGGGAUCGAUGGGUUAUCCUGGUGAAAAAGGCGACGCAGGCUCCUCAGACAUCAUCGACUUCAAUGGGAAGCUUCUAGAUGCUUUCCAGGCCAUCAACACCAUCAGUGUUUCGGGCCCACCUGGACCACCUGGACCACCUGGACCCUCAGGCCCAACAGGGGAAAAGGGUGAGCUUGGUUUACCUGGGCCAGCAGGAUUUGAUGGACAGAAGGGACCUCAAGGUGACAUAGGUGAGGAGGGACCAGCUGGCCACACAGGAGAGAAGGGGGAGAUGGGGCUCUCUGGGCCUGCUGGAAUGGACGGUCAUAAAGGAGAGAAGGGCGACUACAGGAUAGAGGACAACCUGGUUCAGAGGAUUUCACAGCCGGGCCCACCUGGCCCACCAGGAAUUCCCGGGGCCCCUGGAUCCAUGGGGUUGCAUGGUAUGCCCGGUCCUAAGGGUGAGCCUGGAUACGGGAUGAAGGGAGAGCAGGGGGAUUAUGGUGCUCCUGGCCCCAAAGGAUUAGAUGGUCCCAUGGGACUAAGUGGGUCUACAGGGGUAGUGGGCCUCCCAGGUUCAAAAGGAGAAAAAGGCAGAACAGGAGAGCCUGGAUUAGAUGGUUUCCCAGGUCUGAUGGGAGACAAGGGUGAUCGAGGGGAAAGAGGAGACAAGGGUGACAGGGGAUCAGUGGGAAAGAGAGGACUAAAGGGCCAGAAGGGAGAGCAGGGUCCUCCAGGCCUGGACCAGCCUUGUCCUGUGGGUUGUGGUGAGACUAAAGGUGUUUCUGAGGAGGCAGGGCAUUCUCCCCCUCCACCUCCUCCUCCUUCUGGCCCUGAGGCCCCCUGUCCUGUGGGACAGGACGGGCUGCCCAUACCAGGCUGCUGGCACAAGUGAUGACUAACCAGCAGCAUGGAAUCUGUACAUAUUGAUAUGGUAUAUAUUGCAAUUACAACAACAACCCGCUCCCUUUUUUCCCAUUUUUUCUUUUUUUUUGUAAAACGUUUCAUAUAAUAUAUUGAGAUUUUUUUAACAAGGACAUUUCUGAGUCUACAGUAUUAUGAAAACUUUUUUUUAAAAACUCUAGAGGUCCCGUGUUGAGAAUGCAGCUAUAGUUUUGAAGAGAAGAAACUGAACUGUCAGUCAGACUCUUACUUUGAAGGACAGUCCAGAGAACAGAGAUGAAGUGCCUUGACAGUCUAGUGGCCUUACUAACAAAGCCUGACUUGCUGCCUGAUUGUAAUCAUGAACGCUGUACGGUGUGUGUACUCACCCACUCUCACGGAUGCAUGGAUGGAUGGACAGAUCUCUGUGGGAGUAACAGAUAUGGGUCAGUACUCUCCUCUCUCUCUGUUUUCAAAAAAGGAGAAAAUGGCGAAACAGAAGCUCAAACGCAAGCGUCUCUCUCAGCCCUGAAGGGGUGCGGGCCUGGUGGAGAAAGGACACGUAUACAGGCAGAGAGCACACAAGGGGCACACUGGCCUUUAUGAAGCAGAGCGAUGCCUCAGUGUCAUCCUGAACACUCAGAUCCUCUGAUAUGGAAAGUCUCCAGGAGGGGGCGACAGAGAAACCUGCAUUUCCACAUUCAUCCUGAGAAGUAAAGACACACCUGUGGCUGAUGAUGUUGCACAAUAGCUUCAAUGACUUCCAGUCAAAGUUACUUGGGAGUCACUGACGUCAAUGGCACAUAAGGAAGGAUUUACUGCACAGAUACAUGAACAAGUUGUGGUGAUUUCGUGUCUGGCUUUUUUAAGGUUUCCACUUAUUCAAUGCAUGAUCAUAGCAAGACAGAAUGUUGUUUAGCAUCCUGACAGCUUGUAUAACGUGUGAUCCCUCAUUGAAACCUCCAACGACAGUAGAUUCAUUUUGAUUUGCAAUAAGCAGUCUUUAAUAAUCUUUCCAUUUUAAGGCCACUCAGAAAAGUCAGAGAAAUGUAUGGCUUACACUUUUGUGUGUGGUGUUUUGUUUUAUUAUAUUCUUACCUAUUUUUGUCCAGUUACAUUUUGCAUUCCUGUCGGUGCCAUUUUUUUUUUUUAACAAUGUAACUUCAAGGCCAGAUUUGAAGGAACCAUUAACAGUAUUCGUGAUAAAUCAGUGUUUCAGUUGCUUUGACAAAUGAUUGCCAAUCAAAUUAUUUUUCUUAAUCAUUUUCAGUGUAACUGAUUCAUUUUGACUGAUCGUUAUCUUUUAAUCACUGAUGGAGACAUGUUUAAUUAAUGUUGCCAGUUUGACCUGGACAACAAUGUAUGUUCUUGCUGCUGACUUAAAUGUGUGUUAUUUGUUUGAUAUUUUUGAAUCAAUGUAAGUCAUUUGAACUGAAGGACUAACAGACUUUGAGGAAUUUGAAUCAAAUGUUUUCACCACCAUUGUUGUUUGUAACUAUUCAUUUUAUUUAGCAGUACAUCUUAGGACAACUGUUUAUAACUGUCAGUUAUACUGAAUUUUGUGUCUUUUUUUAAUUCAUUUAUCACAAAGUUUUAGUCUUUACUAUCAGAUGACUAUUAAUGGUGUGUCUUGGUCUUUGUAAUACAUUUUUCUCAGAUGGAAUACUUUCUUAGUGUUUAAGUACUUUAAUGUACCAAUUUAAAGCUCCAUAUCCACACACAUAUCCAGUUACACAUUGAUCUUUGCUUAAAGAAAUGUUGAACAUAGGAACAAAUAAAUUGUACUUGUGGUUGAUUUAUGUACCAUUUCCAAAUAUUAGGCUACAUUUAUACAGGACAGUUAUUACAUGGAAUCAUUAUUUGGUUCUAUUUGGUACUUGGACAUAAAUCCAUACAUAUAAGCGGAAACAUGUGUUUAUGUUUAUAGUGAAAAUCUGCAUUGAUUUUAGUUGUACUUUUUUGAUACAAUAUGAAAGGCAUUCAGAUAUAUAUGUAUAUUCUGGUUGAGCACUAGACAUGAAAUAUAGCAAUCAUUUACAGCAUAAAUAUUCAAAUAUGAAUAAUCUGAAUGUUUUACUGGUCUAAUACUUUCAUUCAAAAACAACAUACAGUACAUUCUGCUAAACAUUGCUAAUUCAAAUACACAACCACAUUGUAGUGCAAUGAGUGCGGAUUCAGAUCCUUCUUAAUCCAGGGAGUACAUUUGUAUUUCUGACAUCCUCUUUGACAUUAAAUGUUUGAUUUAUUUUUGCACAGAUUCCCUUGCAGUAUGCCUGAAAAUUGUAAAGUUGAAUUACCAACAUCACACAAGACAAUUUCCUUAUCAGUGGGACACAUGUUGCAAUGUCCCACUAAAUCUUUUCACUUUAGAAUGGUUAUUAAGAAGGAUAAUUACAUCACAUAUUUAACCUAUGCUGCAGCAGUCAUGUAUUAAGGCUAAAGGUAUUCUAGAAAUCCUUUCUUUAAAAAACAAUGUGUGUACAUGAGUUGUAUGUCAUAAAGUUAAAAUAGAAAUGCUGACAUAUACAAAAUGUUUGAGAAUGUGUAUUGAAUGCUGGAUAUUUUAACUGUAAACCACACAGUUCUUAGCAUUAUUUCACUGGAAGCUGAAGGUUUUCUGUCACUUAACAUAAUCAUGUUUUUAUUUCUUACGCAGAUUCUAUCAAUUUCAGUUGGAAGGCUUAAUGGAGUCAGUAAAUGGCACAGUGUCUGAAUACAGUUUGGUGUUUUAGCAAGUCAUAUAUCACAGUAUCAACUUGACUGUGAGAAUGUUUUUUGGUGGUGUAUUUGGUUGUAAAAGAAUUAAGCUAUUUUUGUAAUUACUUGUUCAAAAAUGUAUAACAUAAAAUCUGGUCGACUAAACAGGUAGACUGAAGGUAAAUCUCCAGUUGUAUGAUGUUUCUUCCAAUAAAACAUAAUCAUGUAAAAUUA